GGUGAGUGAGAAGUGAGAACCAAAACCCAUCAAAACCAAACACUCCCAUAACGUAAGAUUCCAAACAUGGUGCAGCAGAGACAAAACAACGCCCACGUGGUUGUGCUUCCAUACCCAGCCCAAGGCCACAUCAACCCCUUGGUCCAAUUCGCCAAGAGGCUCGCCUCCAAGGGCGUCAAAGCCACCGUCGCCACCACCCACUACACGGCCGCCUCCAUCGCCGCCCCCGGCAUCACCGUGGAGCCCAUCUCCGACGGCUUCGACGAGGGCGGAUUCGCCCAGACCAACAACAACGUCCAACUCUUCCUCACCUCCUUCAAAACAAACGGCUCCAGAACACUGUCCCACCUCGUACAGAAGCACCGACAGAGCGCCACCCCCGUCACCUGCAUUGUCUACGACUCCUUCUUCCCGUGGGCCCUCGACGUCGCCAAGCACCACGGCGUUUAUGGGGCGGCGUUUUUCACCAACUCUGCGGCGGUCUGCAACAUAUUCUGCCGCAUACACCAUGGCUUCAUUCGGGUUCCCGUCAACAAGGAGGACCUUCCCCUCUCUGUUCCUGGCCUUCCUCCUUUGGAUCACCGCGCUCUUCCCAGCUUCGUCAGGUUCCCCCAAAGCUACCCUGCUUACAUGGCCAUGAAGUUGAGCCAAUUCCCUAACCUCAAGGAAGCUGAUUGGAUGUUUGUCAACACCUUCGAAGAAUUAGAAGGCGAGGUGAUGACGGGCUUAACGGAGCUCUUUCCAGCGAAGAUGAUAGGGCCAAUGGUUCCUUCUGGCUACUUGGAUGGGAGGAUCAAAGGGGACAAAGGGUAUGGAGCCAGCCUAUGGAAGCCACUGAAUGAAGAGUGCAGCAAUUGGUUGGAAGCAAAGGAGCCUCAGUCAGUGGUGUACAUCUCCUUUGGAAGCAUGGUGUCCUUGACAUCAGAGCAGAUGGAAGAGGUGGCUUGGGGGUUGAAAGAAAGUGGGGUGAGUUUCCUUUGGGUUUUAAGAGAAUCUGAGCAUGGUAAAUUGCCUAGUGGGUACAGAGACUUGGUCAAGGACAAGGGUCUAAUUGUGACAUGGUGCAACCAGCUUGAGUUGCUGGCUCACCAAGCCACUGGUUGCUUUGUGACACAUUGUGGAUGGAAUUCCACCCUUGAGAGCCUUAGCCUUGGUGUGCCUGUUGUUUGUUUGCCACAGUGGGCUGAUCAGUUGCCUGAUGCAAAGUUUAUGGAGGAUGUGUGGGAGGUUGGUGUGUGGCCAAAGGAGGAUGAGAAAGGAGUUGUAAGGAAGCAAGAGUUUGUGAAGAGUUUGAAGGAUGUAAUGGAGGGUGAAAGAAGCCAAGAGAUUAGGAAGAAUGCCAAUAAGUGGAAGAAGUUGGCUAGAGAAGCGGUUGGUGAAGGAGGCAGCUCUGAUAUGCACAUUAACCAAUUUGUGAGUCAUUUGAUGAAUGCAGAUAAGAAUAGAAGUUUGAAUGUAUUCUGAGUGACUAUCUCAUCAUUAGUUGCUAUUUGUUAGUGGACGCAUUAUGGGCUCAUUGUUUCAAUUAUGUGAAUGUAUGAUAUCUUCUGUUAGUUUCAUUCUUGAAAGCCAAUAAUACAUUUCUUUUAUAA